AGGAGAUAUAUAUGUUUAUGACUUUAUGUGUCUUAUGUCCGAAAAGUGUAAUGGUGGAUUGAAAAAAAUGUGUUUUUUUCGACAGAAACUACGCUAUUCCAAAGAGAACAUUUGCACAAUGAAAAUCAUUUAAACAUUCUUAUAAGUGUGAAUUACUUGAAACAACUAUGGACGAAUGUGUUUGCUAAAAUAGUUUAUUGUGACCAUAAAGACAUUUUUUUAAAUUUUGCACUGAAAAUGGCCCCAUCUCCUGAAGAUGACAAUACUCCUAAAGCUCCCGACAAAACUGAAAAGAAUAAGUGUGAAAAGCCAUCUUCGGAUAUCAACAAUGAAAAGGACAAAAAUGAGAAG